UGCAAUUCCUAGGUAACUGAGCAGUCGCACAGGAAUUUUCCCACAUUUUGUACAUCGUAGAACCCUCAAGUUUAAACAAUUUUGUGCGGUACAUGAAAUUGUGCGAGUUCGGGUUGAAUUGAGUUCCUUGAGGUUGGAACAUAGACGGAACAGGAUCGCAACAAUGAAGCGUGAAAAUUAAAAGGUCUUGAACCACAAUGGCGGAUAUUGUGGUCAAGAAUGGCUAUAACGGGUUCAGCAAUUCCAAGAAAAACAGGGACAACUACAAGCGAAGGCAGAAUUCAUUUAAAUUACCACCGUUAGAAGCUCACAAAGAAGAUUUAAUCUACGGCGAAGACAAAGCACAGUCACCUGUUUUGCAGCCUUCGCUUUCUGUCAAUACGACUGCCUCAACCGAAUUUGUUAUUCUGCUCGACGAUGAGAUUCGAAGAAUUCAUCAACUUAGCGUAAAUCUAGGAAUAACGCACCACUAUGAAGUUGCAGAGUACCACAAUCGCUUUCAUUGUCGCAGGCUUGGGCUACUGCCGAAGUUAAAGGAAUCCAAAUCCUGGAGACAAAGUCACAAUUGGAAAAAACGAACGGAAACUGGCGGCAUAAACGAAUUUGAUCUUCGGCGGAACUUCGUCACAUCUGGAAAACACUUUGAUACUUCAAGUGUACAGUGGAAUAAUUUGCCCAGAGGACGAAAGAAAUUGCUUGAGCCUGUUAAUAUACCAGCUUUAGGAUGCUCAUAUCGAUUACCAAUCCUAGAGAAACAAAAACACAAACCAGGGUAAUGGAGUCAAUGUUUUGAAUUGUCCUUAUUUGUUAGGCUUUGUGACCGAAUCGACACCAAAUCCAACCUUUUUACUUGGAUAAUCUCGCUUAUUAUUUCACUUUUUUGUCUUUAAUACCUAAAUGAAAUAGAUCAGUGGCUAUGAUAACGAUUUUUUUUUUCAGUAUAAUGAUGUUUCUCUUUUGUUUUGUUUUGUUUUUUCUUUGGCGCAAACCGUUUUAACAUCAAUCACUCACCCUUGAAAGCCAAUAUUAAUACAGGAGAACCUCGAUAUAACGAAGGGCCAAGGGACUGGCAAAAUGUGUUCGCGAUCGCUAUAACGAAGUUUCGUUAUAUCGAGAGGUUCUUUUCCUUAUAGUUUACUAUUAGAGGGGUAAAGAAAAUCUUUCGUUAUACCGAAGACUUCGUUAUAUAGAGGUUCGUUAUAUCAAAGUCUUAACUCGUCGUUAUAUUAUCAAACAGAGGUAUAAUGGCGCCAAAUAGUAAUUAAAAGUGAAUUUACAUGGAAAUCAUUCUCAAAUGAAGGCAGAGGUUGAAAUUUCUUUCAAUAACAACUAAAAAUAUAUUUGUCAUGUCUUUAUUUUACUGGUUAAAUGUCACUGUCUAGUCAAAGCCCAUGAAAAGUUAGUCUACUAAUUUCCAAACGAAAGCAAAAAAUUAAUAUUCCUUAUAAUAACAAACAUUAAGUUUUUUUAAGCUUUAUACAAAUGAUUGUAUAUAGAGUAAUGUCCAUGUGAAGUUUGUCUUAUCAACUAAGGUAAAGUAUCGUACCAUUUUUUGCCUGUAACGUCCAAGAAAUAAAGUAAACCUAAGUAAGGAUUGAUAUAUCGCAAAUGUGAUGUUUUUGGUAUAUACCUGC